CCAAUCCUAGUAUACAAUACAGACAGAACUCUAAACUGGAAUGGUCAGAUUACUGAGUUUGUCCAACUAUGGAUGACCAUUCAGGAUCAUAAGGAAAGUAUUGAGUUUAAAGUCACCAACCUUAGAAAGACAGACAUCUUCAUUGGAUUCAAAUAG